GGGAGAGCAAGAGAGAACCGAGGCGACAGAGCGGAGGUGACAGCGGAGAAUGGAGAGGAGCGCGUCCGCCCGGCGAGCUUUGACGGCGGCGAGCGCGCAGAUCCCACUCGGUGUUUUCCCUCUGGAGCCCACGAGCUGAAAGAAACCGGGAGGAAUCUAACCGGGGGGUCAAAGGAGAGGAAUGGCUGAUCCUCUGCGGAGGACUUUACUAGCGAAACUCCGGGGGAAGAAAUCCAAGAAAGGAGCGACGGUCGGCGGUGGAUACGGAUCUGCUGCUGCGGCGGCGGCGGCGGACGGGAGCCGAGAAGGUAAAGAAAAAGUUUUGCGGGGAGGCUCCGGUGAGGCUCCGGUCGUGUCGCUCACGGCGGAGAGAAUGAGCGCGUACGAGAAUUGUGUUGACCUGGCGACGGUGCGCGCAGGGCGGGUUGUGGUGGUCCGGGAGAGUUGCGCAGCGGAGUUGUCCGGCGCGCGUCCCCCGGAGCAGAGCAGCGGGGGCAGGGUUCGGGUUAACGGGGUCUCACUUCAGAGAGAUGCGCAGGUUGCGGGUGGUGCGAUCGGGGAGGGAGACGAGAGCCACCGGGGGCUGAGAACCGCCGAUAAAACCGCGGGCUCGCCGGCGGGGGUCCAGAGAAAACGCUUCGUCUCGGUGCCUCGGCAGCGCAGCGCCGGGGAUUCAAUCGGGUUUGGGGACAAUUCAAACCACGUUAAGCGCCGGGCUGAGCCGCAGACCGCGGGCGGGGAAGCUCCUCCAGAGGACGCGGCGGAGUCCCGGCACAUGGCAGCGGCUGCAGCGGCCCUGCACGGACACAACGCCAACCGGAGCUUUGACAACAACCCGAAUUCGGAGGCACGUUGCGCAGUCGUGGAUCCAAACUGCGUGCCAAGCAACACGGAGGAAAACAUUGUAAUCAGAAAUAUUGAGAGCUAUGAGCCAGAGUUCGCAGGGGACAUUAGAGGGACUGUGGGGGGGCUGCAGAGCCCCACGUUUUUCCCCACAGAGUUAGAGAUAUGCGACAUCAACAUGGCAUCUCUGUGCGCCACAGAGGCCUCUCUCAGAUACCCCUUAGACAGCGAGGACGAGGAUUACUAUGACAAUGAAAUUCUGCCUUUUUAUGAAACUAUCAGAGUGAAAAGCGAUCGAUCAGAGGUUGCAGACUCGCCUCAGUCGGGUCAGGAUAGAGGAAGCAGUGCUCAGGAGACAGACAGGCUUAGGAGCCAGCUGAAGGAAGCUUACUACCUUCUCAUCAACGCUAUGAACGACAUCAACCUGGAUGUCCAGCAGGGUGGUGGUGGUGGUCUGGCGGAGCAGCAGGCCACCUCCUCCUGCAGCAGCCACUCCAGAGACAGCCUGUGCUCCAGGCUGUCGGCCAAAAACAUGGACAGUGACUCCUGGUCCUCAGGAGGAGACCACAGUCCACAGCAGGUGUCUGACACUGACUCACUCCUGCUCUGCAUCAGUGGGAACCCUGAGUCAGGCCUCAGAAGCAGGCUGAACAGUAAGAGCAUGGUGAACCUGACUUUGACCAAGACGAGACCAACUCUGUUGCGCUCGGCUAGUGACGGAGCCAUCAGGUACUCAGGUGGAGUCUCGGUCUGUUUGAGGGCUCCUGGAACACAGAGUCCUGAUAAAGAGGCCACAGAAACUCAAGAGGAAGUCCGAGAUGUGGGCGAGCUGUCGGACACCAACGCCAUCAGCAGUGAUGAGCUGCUGCAAGAUGCUGGCAGAGAGGAGGAUGGCGGCGGGCGGCUCAACGAGAGCAGCGGCUCGGUCAACAGCCUCACGGGAUCCUCGGACAGCAACGCCGAGGCAUCGACACAUCAGAGUCACGGCAGCAAGAAGGAGCUGAUCGGAGUCUGCUCACAGGGGCCCCACUCUUUCAACAAGGGCCACGGUGUCACUGUCAAUAAGAUGCAAGAGUGGAUGCACAAAGGCCGUUUGCUGUCUUCAGAGAUGAAGCAGCGUAUAGAGGGCUCGUCUUUGCCUCGUGGUGGAGGCCAGAGCCAGGAGCGCUCCUGUUCCCAGGCUAACCUGGGUGGGUCCAAACCUGGGGUCCAGACAUCCAGCCGGGAGGUCAAAUCUGGGAAGGCUAAAUCCCCUACAGUCAAGUCACCUCGACAGCGGCAGCAGCAGCAGCAGCCAGCGUUCAUUGAAAAUGUCCAAACCCCCUUCGCAAACGGGCGCGAGGUGGCCAGAGCGGCCGAUCCUUCGUCACGGAGGCAGCCGCUCACCACCAUCACCGUGUCCAAGAAGCGCAACUGGCUGCAGCAGAGCUCCCUCGGGAAGAAUCACUGCGCCAAGGACGAGCUGCAGGGAAUGCUGGGAGCUGAGGAGGAGGGCUCCCAUCAGCCUCCGCCUCCUCCCAGUCCCUCCCCAGACCACCUGAGACCCUCAGGGGGAGCCCCGCCACGGCCAGUCCGCCUACAGCUGCCUCAGGUCAUUGUCGGUCAGGCCAAGGUGUCUCCUUACCCUCGGAGCGUGGACCCCGCCGAGGAGAACGACGCAGACGACGAGGGGGAGAUCUGGUACAACCCGAUCCCCGAGGACGACGAAGGGGACGCGUCUCACCGACCUUCGGUGCGGCUGCUGGUGCCCCCUCGAACGGAGCCCGAGCGGAGGCCCAGCAGGGGAGGGGAAGUGGGCCACGGAGGAAGCGGCAUGCCGGAAGUUCUCGGUGAAGGCGUCGGUGGCGGCUCGGGAGAUGGGAGUCAGGGGAAUGCUGUACAUUCCACAGAGGCUCUACAUCUGCACAGACAGAUGCUCGCGUGCAAACCUCAGGAGGAGGGGGGGCCUUCCAGCAGCAGAGUCACAGAUGGAGCCGAGCUGCCCAACGCCGUCGGCUUCUCGCCUCCCUCCAGCCCAAACCCGACCAAGAAGAGCAGCUCCAUCAACUGGUCCUUCCCAGACAAGAUCAAGUCCCCGCGCACCGUCAGGAAGAUCUCCAUGAGGAUGAAGAAGCUCCCGGAGCUGAGCCGCAAACUCAGCGUCAAGGGGACACCGAGCAGCAGCAACAACGGCAGCAGUCAGCUGGAGCCUCGAGCCCAUUCCCCCAGAAACAACUCAGAGGCUGUCUCCCAAACUUCAGGCCCUCCGCGGUUGGCGGCGUCUGGCGGUGGGCAGGCUAGCCGUAACGUGAUUUCGCGCUACCACCUGGACAGCAGUGUGUCCAUGCAGCACAGCUUCAGCAAGAAGAAAAGCAACGGCAGCUCGAAGUCCGCCAGUAAAGGUGGUUACCUCAGUGAUGGUGACUCACCGGAGCUGGUGGCCAAAUCUGGGAAGCACAGCACCUCGGAGGGGAAGGGAGGGAAAGGCAAGGAGGUGGAAGGAGGCGGAAGCUCGAAACUCAACGGCACCGAGCUGGACAUCGAUGCUUUCAGACAUUACAGCUUCACAGAGCAGCCCAAGUGCAGCCAAUACAUCUCUGGACUCAUGAGUCUGCACUUUUACGGUGCCGAGGACCUCAAACCUCCACGCAUCGACUCUCGAGACGUCUACUGCGCCAUCCAAGUGGACUCGGUCAACAAAGCCCGAACCGCUCUCCUCACGUGUCGCACUUCCUUCCUGGAUAUGGACCACACGUUCAACAUUGAGCUGGAGAACGCCCAGCACCUGAAGCUGGUGGUUUUCAGCUGGGAGCCCACGCCGAGACGAAACCGCGUCUGCUGCCACGGCACGGUGGUGCUGCCCGCGCUCUUCCGGGUGACGCGGUCCCACCAGCUGGCGGUGAAGCUGGAGCCACGGGGGCUGAUCUACGUCAAGCUGAGCCUGAUGGAGCAGUGGCAGAACUCGCUGGACGGACGGCUGGGUGGAGACAGGGAGCCCCAGGUGUUUGGAGUGGAGGUGUGGCGGGUGGUGGAGAGGGAGAACACGGGACUGAUGGUACCGCUGCUGAUAAACAAGUGCAUCAACGAGAUAGAGAAGAGAGGCUGCCAGGUGGUUGGUCUCUACCGCCUGUGUGGAUCCGCGGCGGUGAAGAAGGAGCUUCGUGAGGCGUUCGAGAGGGACAGCUACGCCAUGGAGCUGUGUGAAAACACGUAUCCUGACAUAAACGUCAUCACAGGUAAACUGAGCUGCUGCAACAGAGAAACAUGA